UUCCUUAAAAAUUAUUCGUAUUACUUAUAUAAUAUCGAUAAAUUCCACUUUUUUUUUUAAAAAAAAAAAAGAUUUCAAAAGCAACUUCUUUUCUUCUUGGAAUCUUGAAUAAUAGAUUUAUAUUUAUUUUUACUUAUUACGGGUUCUUGAAAUUUGGUAUAUUUUGAAUUCAAAAUAAUAGUAGACCUUAGCAAAAAGCUUUUAAUCAUAUAAACGUGUCCUGCUCACAAAAGAAUACAUAUUGACAGAUCUGUCGAAUCUUUAAAGAUUUUCCAUCCAACAUAAAGUCUUUAGGGAUCCCAAGACAAUUAUAAAUAAGAACUAUUGUUCGCAAACAACUUAACAAUGCGAAAAACACCAACUGGAUCUCGUGGGCCACCAAAAAAUGACAAUACUCUUACCAAACCUAAACCUAAAGGAUCGUCACAAUUAGCUGGAUCAUCAUCAUCAUCCAAUACUUUAUCACCAAAAAAACCAUCACGAACUUCAAGAUCACCAUCGCCUUCAUCUACAACACCAAGAUCUGCGACAUCAUCUGUUAGAGAUGUUAUUGCUCAAGCAAGAUUAAAGAAAGCAAAUAAUAAAGCCGUUCAACAGGAAGAGCAAAACGAUGGAGGAUCGAGGAGCCUGAAUGUUAUUGUUAAACAAGCCAAAUCUUCUGGACGUCUCAAUAUAUCUCAUCGUUCAUUAAAAGAGAUCCCAGAAGAAGUAUGGAGAAUGUAUGAAAUUGAUCCAAAAAGUAUUACUGUUGAUUUCACUGGGAGUUCCUCAGAAGUUUGGUACGAGCAAGUAGAUCUGGUUCGUUUAGUUGCCGCUGAUAAUAUCCUCGAAAAGAUUGAUAAAAGGAUAAUUGAGUUUGGUGCAUUGACUUUAAUAGAUCUUCAUAAUAAUAAUUUAUCAGAUCUUCCUGAAGAAUUUGGUCAAUUACAAAAAUUAGGAAUACUUAAUUUAUCACAUAAUAAAUUUAGCAAACUUCCAGAUUGCUUAACAUCUCUUAAAUCCUUAGUGGAAUUACAGAUAUCAUCAAACAAUCUUUCAGGUGUAUUAGACCCAACUUUUGGUAACUUAUCUAAAUUGGAAACUCUAGAUAUUUCACAAAAUGGAAUUACUGGUUUACCAUUGGAAAUUUCAAAUUUAAAAAAUUUAAGAAAACUUAAUCUUUCAAAAAAUAAAUUAAAAGAAAUUCCUGGUGCAGCUUUAAAUGGAAUGACAUAUUUAGAAGAAUUAGAAAUUGGCGAAAAUCAGCUUGAAAUAGUUUUUAAAGAUUUGGAUGGUCAAACUGUUAAUCUAUCAUCUUUGACAAGAUUGAAUGUUCGUCAAAACAAAUUAAGAGCUUUAGAUGAAUCACAAGAUUCAACAAUUUUUCAUCCAUCAGUCAAAUUUCCAAAACUUAAAGAAUUACUUGUUUCACUAAACAGAAUUGAAUCUUUUGGUCCUUUAUUACAUACAACACCAAAUCUUGAAAUUUUAGAUAUGGGAGAUAACAAAUUUUCAGAAAUUCCUGAAGGAUUGGUUGCAUUAAAACAUCUUAAAAGAUUGGAUUUAGGUAAUAAUUCACUAAAACUUUUACCCGCUGAAUUGGGUUUAUUAUCUUUAGAUGUUUUGGUAUGGGAAGGGAAUCCUCUUAAAAAUGUCUCCAAAGGACUCAAGUCUACGGCUGCAUUAUUGAAAUCAUUAAAGGAUAAAGUUACUACAGUUGACCUUAAUAAUAUGGAAGGUCCUACAAUUCCUGAAUCAGGUCAACAUCCUGGACGAUUAGGAAAAACUUCAGGAGCUUUAGGAAAUAUUAGUCAACAAGGAGUAGCAUCUAAAUCUUUAGAUCUUUCAAAGAAAAGUUUAUCUGAUAUAUCUCAAGAGGAUUUGGUUGAACUUACAUUUGAACCCACAACAGUUUCAUUGUCAUUUAAUACAUUCCAAGCAAUUCCGGUUGGAUUUAAAAUAUAUCAAAAUACAAUUACAACUCUUCAAUUGGAUCAUAACAAAUUUACUUCUUUCCCAUCAUUCGAUGAUCCUUCCAUAGUUUUUUCAAAUAUUAAUACAUUGGAUUUAUCAGCGAAUCAACUUACUUCUUUACCUGGCGAAUCUGAUCAUACAGCAUUUCCAAAUUUACAAGUUCUUAAUGUUAAUAACAACCGUAUAGCUGAAUUACCAACAAAAUUACCUUUUCCCAAACUUCUAACAUUUCUCGCUGCCUCUAAUAGUUUAACUUCAAUUACUCCUUCAACUUUUGAAAAUAUGGAAGUUGUUGAUCUAUCAAAUAACAAUAUUGGACAUUUACCUCCAACGUUAGGGAAUGUUAGAAGUAUUAAAACUUUAUUGGUAGAAGGGAAUUCUUUUAGAGUGCCAAGAUAUACCAUUGUUCAACAAGGCACUUCUGCUGUAAUGGAAUAUUUACGUGAUAGAAUUCCCAAAUAAAUAUAGAACAAAUGAGAUAAUAUAUACAAUAUUAUGUUGAGUAAAUAGAUUUUUUUAUUAUGAUGUGUACAAUAACUUAACUAUAGAUAGACCCUUGUAAUGAUGCUAUUAUUCAUUGUACACUUUAUCACUUUAUUAUUUAUAUUAAUCUUC